AUGGCUAUCGUGAAAGUACGUGGAACCCUAAAAGACGGUUUAUUUACUCCAAUAUCGAAGAGGCCAAGAGUUGAUGAUUUUGGAAAUCUUCCCAAUGGGCGUGGAUCAUAUAGAGUUAUGGUGCAAAGUAGUGAAAGUGAAGAUCACAAUUCUCUACUUGAUCGUGAUUUGGUUAAAUCAUCAAAAAAUCUCCAGCAAGGUAAGAGAAAUGAUGGGAUUUCGCAUUUUUCUAUUACAGCUACACCACGAGAAAUUUUGCUCUUACCACAAAGUGUAUUGAAAAGUAACUCUGUAAAGAGCAAGGAGGAUCGGAACACUAACCUAUCAAUCCGCCAGGGGUUAAGGAAGCGACAACCUUUGUCUGAUGAAUACCGACCUAAAAGGACGGCUGUAUGUGGAAAUUUUGAUUUUAGUCACCAGCAUGUGCAGGAAGAUAAAGAUAAUACCGAGGUGAAGAAGGAUCUUAAUGUGAUCGAAGAUACUUUGGCCAAAUCCAAGAAACAAAAUUGGAGCAACGAAUAUCAGCACAAAGUCAACACAGUGUCCAAAAAUGUUGUUACAACUUUUAAUUCAAAAAAUAGUCAUUUCGUCUUGGGGAGAAAGAGACAACCACUGUGGGACCACCAGCAACCUUACCAGACGAGUAUGCAUGCGGAGUUUACUAGUCAAAAGUCGGUGGAAGUGGAAAAUAAAAAUCGUAACAAGGUCAAGGGGGCUUUGGAAGCCUAUAGAGAGAUAUUGACUAAGUCCGAGGCACAAAACUGUAAUUGGAGUUACAUUAAAGCAGCAAUGGAUCUCAAAAAACAAGGAAAAUGGGUUAACAAGAUGAAGCAAGUAGGAUCGAUUGCAGGAGUAAAAGUUGGUGAUAGGUUUCGACAUAGAGCUCAACUAACCAUUGUUGGUCUUCAUCAACAAUUUACAUGUGGUAUUGAUUAUAUGUGGAGGAAUGACGGAAAAAUUUUGGCCACAAGUAUUGUUGAUUCUGGUCGGUAUGUUAACAAUUUGCAAUCUUCUGAUAUACUGAUCUACUCUGGUCAAGGUGGAAAGUCUCUGUUUCAUAAAACUAAACCGACAUAUCAAACUAAACCGACAGAUCAAAUAAUGCAAGGUGGAAACCUUGCAUUAAGGAAUAGCAAAGAAGAAGGAACUCCUAUAAGGGUAAUUCGAAGGUUGAAACAUUCUAAGGGUUCGUGUUAUGUUUACUAUGGAUUAUACACUGUAGAAAGAGUUCUGCAAGAAAGACAACUUGGUAUUAUGAUCUAUAAAUUUAUGUUGAGAAGGAAGUCGGGACAACCAGAGCUUUCAUUUGACAGUAGUUGA